AUGGGUGAAGAGUUUCAAAAUGACUUUUCUUACAGGGUAAAUCCGUUGCUUCAGGAUUCGACCAAUUUACAGGCCAGCCCUAAUUUAAUCAAUAAUGCUAGUUCUGCUAGUAUGAACUCUCGUUUGGGCUCUGCUCAACCGGCUGUCUCUUCCGGCGCUUCUUCUUCCAUGAAUCGUCCAACCUGGCUCCCUUUGCAGCAACAUAUUCAUCAUUUACGUCAUACGAGCCUUUUGCCGGCCGUGGAGUCUUCUUUUGUUCAUGGUCAUGGCCAUGGUUCUGGUUCUGGUCACCGUCGAAGUGCUAGUGCUGGUAUUAAUGUGAACACUUCCAUGUCCAAUUCUUCUUCUUUUUCUCAUCCCUCUUCUGCAAAUUUUUACCCUCAAGUGACUCCAACCUCUUCUUUUUAUCCUUCUAGCGUCUUUUCCACACCACCAUCAUCUGCUGAUUCUUUCAAUGCUAGUCCUACGGUCUCCUCCAAAUAUAACUUGGCUCCAUCCAACGUCUCUCCCGUAUUACCGAACGUUGCUAAUAGUCCUCGUCGACAUAGUAAAAGUCACAGUGUAAAUACUGUCUCUUCUCCUGCCAUGUCAUCUUUACCUCCUUUAUCCUCACAUGCUUUGCCUUCCGUCCCCGUCAAAAACUCUCCUCUGCCGCCUUUGAAUUCCGUUCCUCCCUUGUUGCGCCCUCAACCUCGGAAUUUGGAUGGUCGGUGGCGCCCUUCGGCAUCUCAAAAUAACAGUCCCACGCAUUCUACCAACCCUUCCUUUUCCGGGAACAUUGUAAAUCAGCCUUCUUCCACUCUUCGUCCUGAUGGAGGAGGACACAGACAUCGACGGUCUACAGGAAGUUUGAGCGUCAAUUCUUCAAUACCAUCCUCGAAUAACUACCCGGUUGGUGGGCAUGGUAAUACUCGUAGAAACCUAUUUUCUCCUUACCUACCUCAGUCAUCAAUCCCGUCCUUGCUGGCUGAACAUCGCUUGAUAACCGGCGUGCUGAUUGUUAGCAAGAAAAACCGAUCUGAUGCUUUUGUCCAUGUGAACGGUUUAGAUGCAGAAGUUUUCAUUUGUGGCUCCAAGGAUAGAAAUCGUGCUCUGGAAGGAGAUGUUGUUGCCGUCGAACUCCUCGAUGUUGAAGAGGUAUGGGCCGGCAAACUUGAAAAAGAAGAAAAUCGGCGUCGUAAGGAUCCUAUUUCCUCUAGGGGUUCUUUAGACAACCUAGGAACUGAUUCCGUCCUAUUUGAAGUCCCUCAGCGAUCAGUAAUUAAGGCUCGUGAUGACGAGCAAGUAGAAGGCCAAACAUUAUUUCUGCUUGACCAAAAGCAGCUGAGUACUGAAGAAAAGCCCAGGUAUGCUGGCCAUGUCGUUGCAGUCUUGCAGCGGGCUCCGGGACAGGUGUUUUCUGGAUCUUUGGGCAUUUUGCGACCCAGCAGUGCUGCGAACAAAGAAAGACAAGGUUCUACUAAUGCAAGUCAAGGUCCCACAACAGUUUCUGGAGAGAAACCCAAGAUUGUCUGGUUCAAGCCUUCGGAUAAGCGUGUUCCUUUAAUUGCUAUACCAACUGAACAAGCACCUUCAGACUUUUUAGAAAAUGACCAAAAGUAUUCCGAUAGCCUCUUUUUAGCUUCUAUAAAGCGUUGGCCUGUAACUUCCCUGCAUCCUUUUGGAAUGCUCGUAGGUGAGCUUGGUCCAAUGAAUUAUAUCGAAUCACAAGUGGCUGCGCUCCUUCAUGAUACAGGUGCUCACACUGAGCCUUGGGAGGGUUCUGCCGCCGCUUCAGCGUCUUCUUCUUUAGAUGCAUUAUCGAAUGACUUUUUAAACAAUACGAAUCGAAGUGAUUAUCGCUCGGAAGAUGUCUUUUUGUUCACUGGUCAUAAGCGUCAUGACAACCCCGUUUACUCGGAUAACAACGUUGAUGAUUUUUCGAAUCCCUUUGUUUCUUCUGCUUUUCAUAUUCGCCCAACUGGCAAUGGCUAUCACGUCGGUAUUCACAUCACAGAUGUUUCACGCGUAAUUGAACCAGGAUCGCCGCUUGACCGUGAAUUGCAGCGUCGUGGUAAUACAGUAAGUUUAUGUCAACGAACUGUUCCCUUAUUUCCACCUGCCUUGGGAGAUGCCCUCACGUUAAAAGAAGGUAAAGAUUGCUACACAAUUUCGUUAUUGUUAGACGUCUCUUCUUCCGGAAAGAUCCGGGGCACUUGGGUGGGCUGGGCAGUUAUCCAUCCUCGAAAGACUUACUCUAUGGAAAAGGCGAAUGAACUUUUGGAAACUGAUCCUCGCUUGAAGUUGUUUAAUGCUGUUAGUUCUCGUAUUCGAGUUCAUCAUCUCGGCACUGAUAUUCCUUUGGAUCGGUAUUGCAAAUUGUUCCGACGAUGGGACGAAGAAAGUACCAGCUUUGAUCCCAAGCAGACGAAUCUUUUUGCGUCAUCACCGGUAGAGGUUUUGCGUGAAACUCUUCUAGAUGCCGCUAAUCGAGCUGUGGCUGCCCACUUACGAAGAGAAUUCCGCGACAACGCAUUUUUGAGAGUACAAAAAAUGCCAAGCCGUGAAAAUUGUCGAAUGUUGCAGAGUAUGGCUGUUCAAAUGGGUUGUGUAUUAGAUCUUUCAAGUCCGAAAUCAUUGCUGCGAUCAUUAUGCUUGAUUGAUGAUGAUACAAUUCGUAACAUACUCCAACUUUGCUACUAUAAGAUCACACCUCGAGCAGUGUACGAAAUGCCUAAGUACCGCCCCAAUAUAACUAUGAACAUGCUGAAUAUGACAUUGGAUGAUGAGACAGAUGAUUUGACUCAUUUCACUGAACCACUUGAUAGAUAUGCUGAUUUAGUUGUACAUUAUCAGCUGCAAUUACUAUUACAAGGAGAAAAUGCGUCAGAAAAGCGUCUACGUGUUUGGUCUCAAGCAGCAAAUGAUAUCAGUCGUCGACUUGUGAUAAGCAAAUUCGCACAAGAAACUAGUGUGCAUGUCAAGAUAUUCAGUGAAUGGAUAGAGAAGCAUCAACCUUGGCAGGAUGGUGUUGUGUGCUUCAUUGCUCCUUCAUACUUCGAUGUAUUUUUCCCUGGUCUGGGGAUGGAGAAGCGUGUUCAUUUGGAUCUAUUAAACUUAAUUCACGUUCGUUAUGAAGAGGACCAGGGUGUACUAUCGUUGUAUAGUGAAGAUGGAGCGGUGAAGGUUGUAAAAUUGCUAUGUCCCGUUCGGGUGAAGUUAUUUACUCAACUUUCAACUCCUCCUUUGAUAAAUGUCUCUAAAGCGGAAUUCAAUUAG